AUGAAGACAAUGGAAACCGAUUUUGAAGAACCAGAAAAUCAUAUUGUUCGGCAUAAACCGGUUGGUAUUAAUACAUUGCUGAGGAAAACACGCUUUUCAAGAAAAGAACUACAAAUUAUGUAUCAAGGUUUUAAACAAGAAUGUCCAGCUGGUACACUCAACGAAGAUUCAUUUAAAGAUAUUUAUUGCAAAUUCUUCCCCCAAGGAGAUGCAACAGUAUAUGCUCAACUGGUAUUCAGAUCAUUCGAUCAGGAACAUAACGGAACAUUAACAUUUGAACAAUAUAUUCAGUGUUUAUCAUGUUUAAUGCAUGGUACACAAAAUGAUAAACUACGUUGGGCAUUUCGAUUAUAUGAUAUAAACGGUGAUGGUUUUGUGACUAAAGGUGAAAUGUUGAAAGUUGUUAAUGCUAUUUAUGAUUUACUUGGACGAAAUACAGAACCACCAAUUAAUGAAUCUACUACUGCUAAUCAUGUAGAAAGAGUAUUUCAACGACUGGAUUUGAAUCAAGAUGGUGUAAUUAGUUUUGAAGAGUUUUUACAGGCUUGUGCUUAUGAUCCUACUGUAUGUGACGCUCUGGACAAGCUAACAACCAUUUUAUGA